UUAUAUCUGCAACCAUGUUCAUAACUUGGUAGUAACUUAAAUACUUACAACAAGAGCAAGAGCAGCAGGGUACCAAACUAAGUGUUAUAACAAAGUAAUGAUAGGAGAAGGAAACAGAAAAGUAUGGAAACCUUUUCAGGAACCCUUUCAUAUGUGUUGAAUUUACUGAUGCAAAAAGCUCCCAACCAUCAUCUUGAUGACCUGGUCUCCAUUGUAACUAUGCAUACUGUAUUAAGAUAACCUAUAAAAUGAAAGCAACUGAUAAUCAUCUUAGGAAUAUACUUCUACUUGUAAUGUAUGACUAGGCCUCUUACUUUCUGUACAUGGCAAACAGUUAAAAUUAGGGAUAGCUGAAGCAUGAGGUGCACCCACUAUUAUGUGGCACCUAUUCUUGCCCUCCUCAGAAUGUACAAAUAGCUGUCUACAAGUGAGGGUCCAUGGAUGCUGAAAACUUUUCUACAAAUAAUGGGCCACUCACUAUUAAUGAUCAGGUCAUUGUCAUGUCGAGUCAGGAGACCAUCCGUGUUCUUGAGGUGGUGGAUGGGUCUCUGCAGACUAAUAGGGAUGUGGCUAAAACAUCAGAAGUUACAGAGCAAGCUAGUGAAUCAGGUCCAGGUCAGGAGGUGCAAAGUGUGGGAAGGGAAACAGGGUUGGAUGGGCUGCCAGCGCAUGAAGUGUCCCAGCUGGAACCUUCUGCCCCCACACAGGUAAAGUCAACAGUAGUUCCUGUGGCGCCAGUGAUUCAGACUGUUGCUGCCUCUGUUCCUGCUUGCCUAUCAAUUGCUCAGCCACCUGCACCACUCCCUAUUACUGUGCCAGCAAGUCCUCAGAUGUUGACACAGGACAACCUGGCCACUGUCCUGACUGGAAUGAUGACCCCCGCUGGAGCAGUCAGUCAGCCACUCCUCAUCCCACUCAGCAUGUCUGGCCAGAUCGCUGGUCAGCAAGGCUUGGCUGUCCUUACCUUUCCUACAGCCACUGUAGCAACGUUGCCAGGUCUGACUGCAGUGUCGCCGGCAGGGGGAUUGCUCAAGCUACCCAUCGCUGGGUUGCAAGCUGCCACUGUCCUGAAUGCUGUCCAGCCCCAUUUGCAUACAGCGACACCCACAAUCCUGCAGACCCCAGCAGCAGCCCUACAACCACCAGCAACCAUGCAACCGAUCCCACAGCCAACACAGCAAACAGUCAUCCAGACCACAGGAGGAGCUCCUACACUGAAACUGAGUGAGUCCCAAGCUUCGGUCGCCACUCUCCAGACUGCAGGCAUCUCGAUCAACCCAGCAAUAAUCAGCGCAGCCUCCUUGGGAGCCCAGCCCCAGUUCAUCAGCUCUCUGGCCACCACACCAAUCAUCACAAGCACAAUCUCCGGCAUGCAGAGCCUUACCAGCCAAAUAAUCACCAAUGCACAGGGUCAGGUUAUUGGUACUCUUCCUUUCCUAGUCAACCCGGCAUCUCUCUCAACUGCAGCUGCUGCUCCUGCUGCACUCUCUGCACAAGGGCUCCAGGUCCAGACGGUGACACCACAGCUGUUGCUUAAUGCACAAGGACAAAUCAUUGCCACUAUUGGAAAUGGACCGCCACAAACAGCCAUAAUGGCAAAGCCUAACGGUUCUCCACAGCUGCCUGCAAAACCAGUAGCUCAGAUCCCUGCAGUAACAGCAGUUCCUGUAUCACAGGCACCAGUGGUCAUUGCUCCACAACCCACUCCUGCCAAGACUGUAGCUGCCAUUUCCACACCAUGCACUAUCUCUGGGGGAGACACUCCAACUGUGGGUCAGCUAGUCAACAAACCACAGGGUCCAGUGGUAGAUGAAGAUGGGAUAAAUCUGGAGGAGAUUCGUGAGUUUGCCAAGAACUUUAAAAUCCGACGCCUUUCUCUGGGCCUAACACAGACACAGGUGGGACAAGCCUUGACUGCCACAGAGGGGCCAGCCUACAGUCAGUCUGCAAUUUGCAGGUUCGAGAAGCUGGACAUUACCCCAAAGAGUGCUCAGAAGUUGAAGCCAGUUCUGGAAAAGUGGCUUGCAGAGGCAGAGCUUUGGAAUCAAAAGGGUCAGCAGAAUUUGAUGGAAUUCGUAGGAGGUGAACCCUCCAAGAAACGGAAACGGCGUACCAGCUUUACCCCACAGGCCAUUGAGGUGCUAAACACCUAUUUUGAGAAAAAUGCUCUGCCCACGGGCCAGGAAAUCACAGAGAUUGCCAAAGAGCUCAAUUAUGACCGUGAGGUGGUGCGCGUAUGGUUCUGCAACCGGCGGCAGACACUCAAGAACACCAGUAAGCUUAAUGUGUUCCAGAUCCAGUAGGGAGUUUUUGAUCUGGAUGUUUCCAGCAAACUGAUAUUUUUUAACAAAGAAAAAGUUAUUUUUGACCAUAAAAGAACAAAUAAAAAUGGAAAGGCAGUUUGAUACAAGAGUCCCAUGAAGACAUGUUGAAUAGAAUUUAUGGGUAGCAGAACAAUGGUGUUGUGUUUAUAUUUGGAAAUAUAAAAGAUAUCCAGACUGCUUUUUGCCCCAUUCAAAAUGCACCUUUUUAAAAUGUAAUUCCCUAAUGGCUUCUAUUUCAUGCAGCUUUGAAGACCGGAUCCAGCAUUUUUUGAUGCAGUCUUACACAACGAGUCAUGUCCUGUAGUAUGAGCACAUGUCACAUGCUUGGUUUGGUAAUGGAUGAGCGCUGGGUGCUAACUGAGAAUGGUUUGACUCAUCCUGCUAUGUCCUACCCUGGAAACAGUUGUCCCCACUAUAAUGUGAAGAAAAAAAAAACUUUUUGGAUGUUUCAAGAACAUUAUAAUAAGUAGAAUCUGUAGCAAUACAACAUGUCACAAUAACAGACUUGUUUAUCUGGAAAUCCAUUUCCCUUGUUUCACUUUUCAUAAUCAAGAUCUGGGGAACUAAAGCAAAGAAAAAAUGCACCUUGUGCAAAAAAAAAGAGAUGAGAUAAAAUCCUUCUUAAAAGAUUGUGUUGAUUGGAUGUUUUACAUCACUGUUCCAUGAAUGCAUAUAGGAAUUAAAAAUAAAAACAGUAUGAGAUGCAUUCCUGUUUCAAAGAGUCUCAUGCACAAGUGACAGCCACAUUUGCUUCUUCUGGAAAUUAGUUAUUGCUUUCAUACUCAGGAGAUGUGACUUCUUCAUAGUAACUGGAGUGCCAUUCUUCUACAGUUAAUUCAUCUUGAUCCAAAAAUGGAAUAAUAUUUCAUAAUGUGGUUUCUAAAAGUGGACUUGAAGUCAAUGAAGUAUGCAUUACAGGAGCAAAUAGGUGAGCUCCAGAAACAAGCAAAUCAUGAAUGGAAGGGAAGACUCUAAAAUGCUAAAGGAUGCUUUGUACAGCAGCUGAACACACUGCCUAAUUAAGAGAAUCAACUCUUAAGAUUAUUUCAAAAAGUUACUUUAUGGAACUUAUUUCUACUGUUUAGUUAUUGUUUUAUGCUUGUUGUUGCACUUAAACUUUCAAAAUUGUAUGGUUGCAAUAAGCAUAGCUCUUACUGCAAAGUGUCUGUUUUGGAGGCAAUGUUUUUUUCAAUGUCGGCGGUGCUAAGGGAGUUGAUUGCUUCUGAGAGCAGUCCAUACUAUUUGUAGCAGAUAAAAUAAUUGAAGUAACACUAUAAUCUGAGCAUUAAAACCCAUGCUAUUUUAAGCAUGCUAGGGAUGGCUUUUAGCCAUUAUUUAUUUAAAAUUGGUCAGAAAAAAAAGUAUGAUUCUUUUGAAAUUGCUAUAAAGUUUAUUUACUUGAAGCUGCGUAGUUUUUCAGAAAACAGCUCAUCACACCAAACUAUCAUUUAAUAUGUUUUUUUAGUAUCACUGAAGGCAAAGCAGACUUCUAUAAUAAUUAGUUGUGCUUUGAAUCUCCAAAAGUCUGCCCUGAUGUUCAAGAUCUAGUAGACAAUACUCUGUAAUUAUCAGUAAAGUUUUCUUAUUAAACAAAAAUGGCUUAAAUGCAAACAUUACAGUAAUGUUUACACCACAAUACACUUCUUUCAGUGACCCUAAUGAUAUGAAAUUGUUAUGUGCCACUCUUUUCUUUGCUUAAUGUUUCACUUUCUAGCUUUAUCUGAUGAUGAUUGCAAAGGCAACUGAGCUGGUCAUACCAGGUCACUGUGUCCUUGGCAACAUUUUUCUGCUUUUCCUGGGAAAUUUCCAGAUAUUCCCAAGCAUUUGGAGAAAUACAAUCCUUCAGUGUAUUUUGGGUCUUCCCCUAACGGGCUGGGCAUAGCGUCUCUCCAUAGGAAGUAUAAAGCUGACAGCAAUUUAUAUGUUGAAAGUUUACAUAACUUUUUAUGAGGUUGUGGUUGAAAUCUUUCUUUGUUUUCUUUUCAAACUUUCAUCCCAGUCUGUUAUUCCCAAUGAAAGCUAAGAAGAACUAGAGCCAUUCCAGGACCCAAAUACUGCAAAUCAAGAAAAUGCAUACUAGAUGUAAAGAUGGUUCUUUGCAGUGAUUUUACAUAAUUAAUACUGAUUAAUUCUCACUUUUUUAAAUAUGCUUUAAGAAGAAAAAUAUUUUAACAAAGAAUAAAUUUUAAUUAGGCAUCUGUGUUUUACACAGUGAGAAAAGCUGAGUUUGUGUAUAAAAAAUUAUAUAAAUAAGCAGUGAUUACUACUAAUUAAGUAUAUAAAAUGCUUCUUGAAUAAAGAGUUUAUUUAUGUAACAUACAGCCAAUGACCUAACUUUAUUACAUUGAGGAAAAUAUUGCACACUUUUGUUGCACAGUAGAGAAUUUGUUCAUAGAUAACAUAUAUUAUAAAAAAGCUGCAAAUUCCAGACAGACUUUUGUCUACAGUAAGGUACAUGUUGACCAGAAGUGAAGCAAAGAUAUUUGGGGACUAGUUUUGAUGCUGCCUUUGUAUUUUAUAAUAUCAAGACAAAGAACAUAUUUUUAAUUUCACCAUUCUUUUGUGAUGAUCUAUGCUUGUUUGAGGAUUAUGUCUUUCAAAUAUUUCUUCACUUGUCACAUAAAUGUUUUAAAGUAUUUUUUUAUUCUGCGGCCUGUCAGUAAUAGGAUGGCGAUAUUUUUCCAUGUCCACAUAACUAAAUCAAAUUGACCAAUCAUCUUUUUUGCUGUUUGUAGCCAAAUUAUGAAUGAUCUAUCUGUAAUUAUAUGAAAUACUUAAACAAUCAUUUGAGAUAUAUCCCAUUAGUUCUUACUAAAGUUUUACAGCGAUUUACAUCUAUAAAGAAAUUCAUCCUUCUGUUUUUUCCAUCCCUGGUUUGGACCAGUUUAUAGCUUUAGGCACAGGGAAUUGUUCAGGCAACAGUGCCUAUUAGGACACUGGAAUUGACAGAUAUUAAUAAUAGAUCAAAUCCUGACUUGUCAGGAAUUUGCACUGUCUGCGUGGGUUUUUUUCUCUGGAUAGUCUAGUUUUCUUUCCACAUCCUAAAGAUGUGUAUUAGGUUAAUUGUUGGCUCUAAACUGGCCUGUUGAGAGAAUGUGUGCAUGGGUGUACCUUGCAGUGGUGUGGUGCCCCACCUGAUGUUGGCAUACACCUUGUAACCCAUGCUUGUGAAGUAAGAACUCAGAUUUGACCAUGAACCUGAUAAAUUGGUUUGCAAAUGGAUGCAUUGAUUUUUUAUUAUUAUAAGCACACUAAAAUCACAGAUGUGUGAGUCAGCAAACGUUCUUAAAACUAUACUCACAAAAAUGUGUUUCUAAACCUCCUGUAUUGAGAUGAGGCAUAAAGAAGUUUUAUCAAGUGUCCAUUGUUGCAUUCACCAUAGAAUUACAAUCCAUUUUUUUCAAAUAUUUUACAGAGUUAUUGGUUUUAUGCACAUCUAGUAUUUGUUAAUUUUUAGGUAAUGACAACAGACUAUGAAAUAUAUAACAUAACAUUCUGAGACCAGCUUAAUCCAAUUAAAACUAACUGGGGCCUAAGGCUGACUAAAUUUACUUAGUUCCCUUCAUCUACAUAAUGUGCAAACUUUUACGCCAAGCCUUAAAUGGUGUGCCAAAAUAAAAAAAUAAAGGAAGGACCAGUGUGCAUUUUAGAUUACUUCUACAGCUCCCAGGUUCUGCCUAGGUUUUUGGCUACAAGGGGCCUCUAAAGCAAUUUUAAUAAAAUCUAACCUUUGCUAGCUACACAAAUGAAGGUACUCAAAUACUUUAUUUGUUGAUGUAUACUUUAACAGAUAUUUUACUGAAAUGUCUAACAUGAAGAAAUGUAAUUGUUUUAUUUAUGAGAAUGUCACUUUAUUUUGUGAUUCGUUACAGAGAAUAUAUUGGAAGUUUACAAUAUGUACUGUCAAUAUUAAACUUUUUGGUUAAAACCUCUAUGAGAAAGAA